AUGUCCACGAAAGUUGAACUGCCAACUCUUCAGGGAGAUCUCAUUGCCAAUUUGGUAUCGAUGAAUUUAAGUGGAAAAUUUAAAGGGCAAGAAAUCAAAGAACUAAGUCAAUCUUUUAUUGAGUAUCUCGUUAACUCUAAAAAGAUUAAUAUUGUCUUUGGACAGCAAUGUGGUUUUCGAAUGUCUCAGAUACCUAAAAACUGCGAGUUUGUUGGUAAUCAACGCGCAUUGAUAAUUUACAACAAAAAGUUUACUCAGGCUAACGAUGAAACACAGUACAGGCAUUUCUUGAGAGACCUGGAGAUGAGAGGUCGUCUCGCACGUUUCUACUUGCCUGAAACCAAUUAUGCACUUUGUAAAAUGAAAUCGAAAAUGAUACAUGAUGUUAGUUUUUUGGCAAUGUCGUGGAUGACUGACGAAACAAAGGACACACUCCUUUGCCUUAAUUUGUUGAGAAAGGUCUUGAGCUUUACUGCAAAUUUGUGUGCUAUUGAGGAGAUGCCCGUUAUCAUCGGCGGAACUUUUCGAUUGACUCUAGAUGAGAUCAAAUCGGUCGUGUAUAAUGAGUUUGAAGGGUUUCGAUGUUACGGCUAUAAAACUACAAAAAGCCGCCGACAAGCACGUAUGUGCGACGUAUUCAUCAGCUGUCCUCCACUCAAAUUAGAUGAAGUUAAACCAAUUGUUUGCACAAAAAUUGACGGACGCUUAAAUAAAAACCACGCUAUGUCGAAAUGGUUUAAUCCUGAAGAGGCAUUUUAUUGGGAUCCGGUUUUUGCCAAAAUGAAUUUGAGAUCUGGCACAUCUAUAGUGAGUUCUCCAUCAUCUCCUCGUGCUAUUUCACCAUUUUUCAUGGAAAACAUGGAUUGCAAAGGGGAUGUCAUCAUUUCGGAAUGCCCUUACUCUUUAAACAAGCGAGAGACAUUUGAUUCAGCUGAGCACACUCUCAAACUUUUGUUAGCCGAAAGCGAACGUAUUAAAGAGUUAGUAAACGAAGCAGAGGUAAAAUCAAGGCAAAUUUUGAAUAACUCCCAGUCUGCAAAUCAGCAAAACGGUGACCUCGUUGAAGCCACGAAACAAAAUGCAUUAGAAAGCAAACCGUUAGUCAAGGUUCCCAGUUAUGUCGAUUUGUAUGACGAAGAACUGAUUGAAACUAAUAAAUUUUGCUACCUACAGUGA